CGUUACCAUAAUUCACUUCAUCGCAGACCAUCGUUGUGGCGGGUGCUCUGUAGUCAUUCGCCAGACCCUGCUUUAUUAUAAGCCCACUCUUUAGUUUUAGUGAUUUAGAAAUUGUCUUCGUAUUUCAACGGUCGUAAGUUUGAACGUUCGGUAUUCAAUACUUGUAUUAUAUAGUUUCUCCAGGCAGCAGAUACAUUGCUAUCACAUUGGAUCGCACUUGGAUCACCAUUCCUCUUAUGUGCUCUUGGUUUGAAUUUGUCGUCUUCGCUCCCUCCGCGUGUUGAAAAACUGAUUUUGCUACAUUGCUUUGCCUUUGCCUCUCCAAGGGCUUAUUCAGGAUGGCAUUCUCAACAUUAUUUGUUAUCGUCUGCUCAUGGACAUUAACAGCUGGUCUCAUCCCACCCACCAUCAUCUUUCCAUCCAAGGAUUUUGACGAUCCAGACCAAGCGGUGGCCGGCAAGAUAUUUACYCUUUCYUGCGAAGCGACUGGUUCGUUGCCCAUGACCUUCAAGUGGAAAAAAUCCGAUAAAGAUUUCCUAUCUUUUCCUCCUUAUCAAACAAUAAAAUCAUCAGGGCGUUCUUCUAAUCUCACUAUUACUUCACUCAACCCCAAUGAUGACGGGAAGUAUCAGUGCUUAGUCAGCAAUCCUGCUGGAGGAGCAAUCUCAAGGAAGUUUCGUUUGAAAGUAACUGCAAUUUCACCUUUCGUGGAAGACAAGGCUGUAGAAAAGACUGUGAAUGUCACCGUUGGUCGUCCGUUGUAUCUUGCAUGUCCAGCGCACACCACUGGUGCAGGUCAUAGUGACUUUGGGGUGAUUCAUCAUUGGGGAAUAAAGCGACCAGAAAUAGGAAUGCAGCUUCAAAUGAAAGCUAACUUAGCUAUACUACCCAAUGGAGAUUUAUUUUUCACAUAUGUGGACCAAGAAGAUAUAAAAAAGUUCAGUGCGUAUCCCUUCAAUUUACAACUGCAGUGCAUUGUGGCGUCUCGUGACACCAUCUACUAUUCACAUAUAUACAACCUUAAAGUUGUAGGAAAUGAUAGCUCAUCAUUUUCUCCCACAUUUGCCCCCGGUGGAGAACCGAAGCAAAUGGAAACAGCAGUUCAAGGAAAAGAGAAGUUUCUUCACUGUGUAGCAAGUGGAAACCCUGCUCCUCAAACUAGAUGGUAUAGAGUCUUUGAAAAUGGCAAGAACAAAGAAAUUAUUAACGGUAAAGAUGGAAUUCUUAUCCCAAGAGCCAAUCAUGGAAGGGUGUUGCACAUUCCAAAGAUCUCUAAGGAGCAGCAUGAGCCUGGAAAAUACAGAUGUGAAGUUUCAAAUGGUCAAGGAAAGACAUUGGUCUCCAAACUUAUCAAAAUCACUGUUUAUAUUCCCCCUGCGUGGAUUGUGACACCUCCUCGGAUAAAAACAAUUAAUAUUCUUGGUGAUGUUAGCUUAUUCUGUCAAGCCUUUGGCACUCCUUCACCCAAGUACAAGUGGUAUCACAAUGGCAAGGAAUUCACAUCUGACACAGAAUUGGCUCAAAACACCAGUAUGGUGGAUGGGAAUAAACAACAUGGAAGGUUGUUGAUCAAAAACGUAAAAGCAAAAAAUGAAGGUGUUUACCAAUGUGYUGCUGAAAACGACUGGGGCAUGGUUGUAUCUUCCACUUGGCUCAGAGUUGAAGGUUAGUGGUUAGUUGGUUAU